ACGUGACUCGAGUCUCGUGAUAGUGCAGCUACCAGCAGGAAAAACGUCGUUUUGAGUUUCAUAAAGAGUUUCAUUCGCUAUCUAAUGCAGAUUUCUCUCUUAUAAACGAGAGAAAUCAGGAAGAGAUGGCGGCGGCGCAUCUUUAAUCGGGUAAAUAACUCUUGUUGUCGCUUUGAGCGCGAGCUGAAGUUGUCGCAUGGAGAGAGCGCAGAACUUUCAUCUCAUCUUUGUUUUGGUUUGUGUCUAAACUCCGCUGACGGUUCGCGUAAACAGUGCCGACGAGGAUUUAAUGUCAGUUUGGUGAAGUGAUCAGGACGCCUGAGAUCGGACAUGGAUAACAAACCUCUUCUUCAGGACAGACCUCCAGCGUAUAACGCGGUCCCGGGAACGUAUGAGUACGGCGCGAUCCCCGCGGCCGCUCCACCCGCGGCGGGCUUUCAGCCUCCACCAGCGGCGGGCUUUCAGCCUCCACCAGCUCCGCCGCCCUAUCAAGGUUUUCCAGCAUCAUCACCAGGUUAUCCCGCAAUGCCUGGUCACCCUGCUGGAGUAGCAGCUCAGCCAGCCUACACCAGCACCUACACCAUCGUCCAACCGUCUGUGGUGGUGGUGGGCGGAUGUCCGGCAUGCAGGGUCGGUGUGCUGGAGGAUGAUUUCACCUGUUUGGGAAUCAUGUGUGCCAUAUUCUUCUUUCCUCUGGGAAUUCUCUUCUGCCUGGCCCUGCGUCAGAGAAGAUGUCCAAACUGUGGAGCCACAUUUGGCUAGAGGGACCAAAACCCUGUCGUUUUUUGUUUUAGUCCAGUUUUAAGUCAUUUGUAAUCACUGCACAUCAAUAAUGCCAAAUGUCGCUUACAUACAGUACUAUGAUAAUCGAAAGAUCGCAUAAGUAGCCAAGAUGGAAGUUAUUCAUAUUUUUAAUUUUGACAUGCCUCGCAAGCACUAUUUGCUGAUUUUUGUUGUUUUAUAUAAACUUUUGUCAUUUAUUCACUAGUGCCUUUAUGAUGGCAAAGAAACCAUAAACUGAACGAGCGUGGACUCGCUGACUGUAACGUGCUCUUCAAUCAUCUGUCAAAAUGCGUCACAUUUAUCUUCUCGACUAUUUAUCUUUGUGAUUUAUUUCGGUACACACAGCGAUAUUUUUGUAUAUCUUGGAUUUUUCUUGAUGAGGUCUGUUAUAUGGGGGCCAUGUUUUCCUUGUACUGCACUGAUUAUCAAUGUCCAGGUCUUCUGAAAGUUGUGCAGUUGUUUUACUCCGUCAGGUUGAAAACGGACCUGCAAUAACCAGGAUAGUUGGCACGUAAAAUAUAUGUCACCCAAGACACGCUGUUACUUUUGACUCUUGACAAUGAAAUCGUUUUUCUUCCAGUGAUUGACAAUCAGUCUUGAGCGUGUCUUUACCAUCAUGUUAUUUGUGAUGUAUGUUCAGUCAUACUGUAUGUGCAUGCUGUUAUAAUCGCCUCUAACUUUUAUACAUUAUAAGAUUGUAAGUAAAUCCUACAA